CAGCAUCUCUGGGAGUGGUGGAGAAAAAAAAGAGAAGUUUAAGUUGCCAGCAUGGCGUUUACACUCUACUCUCUCAUCCAAACCGCCAUCCUCUGCACUAAUGCCAUUGCUGUAUUACACGAAGAGAGGUUUCUCAGCAAAAUCGGCUGGGGUGUUGAUCAGGGAGUUGGAGGUUUUGGAGAUGACCCAGGAAUCAAAGCUCAGAUCCUGAAUCUGAUCCGAUCUGUCCGGACUGUCAUGAGAGUGCCUUUAAUAAUCGUCAAUUCAGCGUGCAUCGUCCUCUUGUUGUUGUUCGGUUGAAGUUUGGCUGGAAGGGGACUUGAGCACCAAAACAUGAAGCCAGAGGAGCAAACACAUGAGCCAAGGAACAACCACUCCGGUUUUUCUCCAGGAUAGAAUUCUUCUGGGAUUCUUAAAGACGUUAGCUACAUGCAAAAACC